AUGGAUGCCGUGCCACUCGGCGCGGUAAGUAAUAGCGCAAGCAGCGCCACCGACACAGGCGUUGACAGCCGUCGAGGUCAGAGUGAGAGGGGAGAGGGGAGAGGGCAGCAUCUCGGGCUAACCGAGGGCGGAGACAGCGGACGCCAAGGCGCUAGUCCACAAGGGGCAGGUGCAGAUGGCAGUGGAGCCGGGCAUAAGCGCAGCCUGCAUACAACUGCGCCUCUCGCGCCCCUCGCCCGGGACAGGCAGCUGUCAAGGAAUGCGGCGUCGGGCCCGAUGCAAAGCGCGCGGCCAGCAUGGGGCGGGCCCGCCGUAGCUGGUAGCACCAAGGCCAAUGCAAGCAGCAUUCUAGAAAGCAUGCUAGAAGGCUGCUACUGGUACUUAGAUGUGCAUGCAUGCAUUCACUCGGCCUCGUUAUCAGUCCGCUUUGGGCCCAAUCUCCGCCCAGCAACCGCGUCUGACCAAAUGGCCCCCCCGAAGCCUAGACGCCACCGGCCGCUUUGCUCUUGUGGGGAGGUCCCAAGCUAA